GUGACUCACCCUGCGGGCGGGGCGGCUUUGCCCGCGAUGGUGUCCCCAGGGGAUCAAACUUCAGCGUCACAGCUGGGCGAUUGGCUUCGCGGUCCCUAAUGGGAGAAAAUGAGCCACAGGAGCGACCCUCUUCUCGCGGGGCUAUCCCGGGAUUCUGAGUGCUCUGGACCAUGCAUCUGCUCUCCUCCUCAGGUCACCAGCAUGAAUCUCACUGCCAGCGGGAGCUGUGGUGACAAAUGUUGGGGCUCUCACUCCAACAAGGUCUUGGAAUAUAAGAUCCAUUGGUCCCGGAGCCCCGAGUCAGAGAACUUGACUCUGGGGUCCCCAGAAAACGCAACUCCCAGUGCAGAGUGGAGGCCGGGCAGGAGUCCAGGGUCUCGGGCCAAUGGGGCACCCCCUUUCUCCACCCCAGAUGUGCCAGAGGGAUGCAGUGACCAGGACCUUCUGAGGAAGACUGGCUGCAUUAAUAAGAACCUGAGACUCCAAGAACCCACAGCUCUCACAGCAGUCUGGAACCCCCAAGCUGGGAUGGGCUGGAAUGGGCUACAACCCAGGGAUACAUGUGCUCCUACCCCCCUUGACCUCUCUCCCCAGAAAUCUUUGGAGACCAACCCUCCCAAAGUCAAAGCCAAGCCCUGCAUAAUGGUCCCAGACUCCCAGAAGCAUCUGCGGUGUGAGUUGGAGUCCCUCCGUAGUCAGCUGCAAGCCCAGACAAAGGCGUUCGAGUUCCUGAACCACUCGGUGACCAUGUUGGAAAAAGAGAGUUGUCUUCAACAGAUAAAGAUUCAGCAGCUCGAAGCAGAGAUGCUGAGUGCCCCGGGCCACCCUUCAGAGAAGGAAGGUUGCAAGUGGAAACCGGAGCAGGGCCAGCAAGAGCUGUACGGGGCCCUGGCUGAGGGCCUGCAGGGGCUGCAGAAAACUUUACGAGACAGCGAGGAGGUGCAACGAGCCCGCACCACUCGCUGCUUGCAGCUCUUGGCCCAGGAGAUCCGCGACAGCAAGAAAUUUCUCUGGGAGGAGCUGGAGCUUGUCCGAGAGGAAGUGGCCUUCAUCUACAGAAAGCUCCAGGCCCAGGAAGAGGAGAUAACAGAAAACCUUGUGAGCAUUCAAAAGCUCCAGAAGACACAGGUGAAAUGCAGGAAGGUCCUGGCGAAGAUGAAAAGGCAAGGCAUCGACACAUCCUCCAACUGGCUGGAGGAGGAGCCGGCCCAGGCAGUGCUGAACUGCUGGAGGGAAGACCUCAGGAGAGAGCUGGGUGACAUAUGGUCUGCAGUGCACACGUUGCAAAACUCCUUCGACGGCCUGACGGUGCCUCACGGCACGCGCCCCCGGGCCUCCAGCCUCAGAGGCGACAGUGGUCACCGCUGUCUGAGCCCCGUGCUUCACUCCUGGGAUUCGGACUCUGAUGAAGACCAGGACCCUGCCCCCGUGCCACUCAGCAGGAGUCGUGCCUUUCCAGUUGUUUGAGCAGCCGGGACUGCUCUCUUCCCUGAAGAUCCCUCCAGAGAGAAAAUAAACUAACUAGCCAAGACCCUCCUCUGGCCUGGCUCCGGAUGCUUCCUGUGCCUGCAACUGGCCGCCUCUCCCCAGCCGCCCUCCUAGAUUUCACUCUCGGUGUUAAGAAGGGUCCCCAGGGGAGGCUGUUUGGAAUCUGUGGGCUUGGGGUCGAAGGGAAACAUGGAGCCAAAUGGAGCAGUUCACAAGGGGUGGAAAGAGACGUCAGAAGGGCCCAGGCGGUGGCACACCUGGUUAAGCGCACACCUUACCGUGUGCAGGGAUCUGGGUUCAAGCCCCUGGUUCCCACCUGCAGGGGGAGGGAAGCUUCACGAGCGGUGAAGCAGGGCUGCAGGUGUCUCUGUCUCUCUAUCUCUUUCUUCCCUCUCAAUUACUCUGUGCCUCUAUCCAAUAGCAAAUAAAUAAAUA